UUGAUCAGUCACUGGUGCGCUCUCGCGGUGUGUGGUGGAACUACAUCAGUGUAGUGCUGAAUCAUAACCUAAAAACUUGCGUAUUUUCUUCGCAUUUUAAUUCUCUAUUUAGUCAGUUUAUUUUUGUUUAUUUGUCAACAAUAUUCAAUACACAGCUGAUUUGGUGGAAUUCGGUGGCGCUUGACAGUCACGAGUCGAACAUUUCUUCGGUUCAACACCAAUUCCCAUAUUUGUAGGAAGAAGAAAAAGAAGAGGUAAGGCACACCCGCGCCGUCUGCCACCUACGGUUUCAAGACAAUUAAGACUGAUAAGAACGGACAGUGAGUGGAUGCGAGGGUGGUGGUGGAGGAGGAGGAUGAGUAACUGAACUGGUGGGGGGGCGGCCUGGCGGCGGCGGGAGGGGAAAAGACAAACUCUCCCCCCCUCCCCCCUCCCCGCAAUGUCAGAGACGAUCAGCUGUUCUAGUGCAACAGAACCAGAGAGGUAGCUGCGGCGGCAGUAGACGCGCUGGCGGGAGGGUUCAGUCCUAUGUUUGUGCUUCCGCCGGGAUGAAGUUGCGGGAAAGAUUUGUGAUCGGUGCGUCCGUCUCGGUCGUCCUCUUCACCCUCGCGUUGGUCGUCGACCUCCAGCUGGACCUGGGGAUGAGCGGUCAGCACCUGGCACCCUCUCACGGUCGGCUCAGGUACGCGGCUAACCCCCAACAGUACGUGAUAGGGAAGUACCCCCCGAAGAAGGAAGAGACUGUCGGAGGGUCCACCCUCACCGAGCAAGAGUCAGUGGCCGUGCUAGAAGAACACGACGGGUUCGAGGAUCUGGAGGCCAUCCUGAGGAAGAAGGACUUAGAUGAUGCCAGCAAGGAAGUGAUCGGCAGGAAUCGCCAAGGAUGGGAGGAUGAGCAGAACAAACUGACCUUCAAGGAGGUUUACCACCUGGAGGCUAAGCCGAACCUGACUCUACUCCAGCAGUUCCACAUGGGGAUCGCCAAAAGACAGAUGUACUCCGAGGACGAUCCUUUGGUCAAUCUCUUGCUACAAGACAUGGCGACCCGGCCCAUCGUUCACGUCACCCAGAAGGAGGGAGGCACUCAAAUCAAGUUGGUCAUAGACUACAACAACACGGAGCAAGCGUUGUUCAAACCUAUGAGGUUCCCGCGCGAUCAGCAAACGCUGCCGAAUCACUUCUACUUCACAGACUACGAGAGACACACGGCCGAAAUCGCAGCCUUCCAUCUCGACAGGUUGUUAGGCUUCCGCCGAGCGAUGCCUGUGACUGGUCGCACCCUCAACAUGACCACGGAGAUAUACGAGAUAGCGGACGGUGAGCUGCUCAAGACGUUCUUCAUCUCGCCCUCCAACAACAUGUGUUUCCAUGGUCGGUGCUCCUACUACUGCGACACGAGCCAUGCAGUCUGUGGCAGCCCCGACACGCUGGAGGGCAGCUUCGCCGCCUUUUUGCCACCCAAGGAGGUCGCCCCGCGUAAAAUCUGGCGUCAUCCCUGGCGACGCAGUUACCACAAGCGGCGGAAAGCACAGUGGGAACAAGAGUCAGACUACUGUAACCUUGUGAAGGAAAUAGCCCCUUACGACUCAGGUCCGCGGCUUUAUGAUCUCAUGGACAUGGCUGUCUUCGACUUCCUGAUGGGCAACAUGGACCGCCAUCACUAUGAGACGUUUCGAGCCUUUGAUAACGAUACGUUCCCACUCCACCUGGAUCAUGGGCGAGGCUUCGGACGGGCCUACCACGACGAACUGAGUAUUCUGGCACCUAUCUUGCAGUGCUGUCUGAUACGGGACACCACACUGGCGACACUACUCAGGUUCCACAAUGGGCCAGUGCUCUUGAGUGAGGCGAUGAGAGCCUCGAUGGCCUCAGAUCCUGUGACUCCAGUUCUCUGGGAGCCUCAUCUCAUUGCCUUGGACCGCAGAGUCAAAAUCAUCCUGAAAGCGGUACGGGACUGUGUGGAGGCAGCACGAGAGAUGGCAAACGGUGCUGACGAAGACAGCCAACAGCCCGACUCUUAGCGAUCAUCCAGUUCUUGGGAGUCGGCCAGUUCCUAAGGAUCUGCUCUUGGAAUUUUAUCUUCAAUUGCUGGAAGUCUAUUCCUGAAAUCACUCAGUUUUGGAAUUUUACUUGGAACUGGUGUUGAAAUUUAUUGGACUGCUACAUAC